CUGUGUGACACCUGCACGACCCGCCUUCCCCGCAGAAUAAAGCUGCGCACUGAUUGGCUCGCUCGGUUGUCCUUCCAAGGAGGAACACCGCAGUCUGAGAAGAUGAUUGGUCCGUGACGUGUCGGUCAUAUUUCGUCCUGACACCUGAUUGGUGUGCUCUCCAGAAUCCACCGAACGAACAUCCAUUCCGUGAGAUCCACUCGGCUGUGAUCGAUGCAGCCGCUUCAAAAAAAAAAACUCCCGAGUCCCCGUUGAAUCACAGGCUUUCUCCAGCGCGGCUGUCAUGGUUAUCUUGAAGGAUAUGUACAGGAAGAUUUCUCUCCUUUAAUUCGGCACAACACUGCACCGGCAGCUGCGCGACGACGCGGCGCUGCGUCCCGGUUGGACGGUGACAGGAGGAUGGCUCUGCGUUGGACGGGGCUCGCUGUAUUUGUCCUCGGUGGUCUAUUAAGAUUUUAAUUAGCUGAUAACACACGGUUGGGUUUUUUUUUUUCCUCCAGCGGACUCGGUGUGGGAGCGACGAUAGAGGCGCACUCGCUGAUUAUGGAAAACGAGUCCAGGUUUGAAGAGCUCUGAUUACGUCGGCUCCACGGCCAAACCCGAGGCCACUCCCGGUGUCAGCCAGGCUCGCUGAGGAGGGAGACUGGACCCGCCCUAUCACUACACCCUUACUGCUCCACCCAUCACUCUCCAUCACCGCCGCCGCCGCACGCCAUGUCUUUACCCAGCGGCAGCCCGGAGAGAGAGGUCUCUACUGGGGCUCCCCCUCAGCUCGAGUGCCCCUCCUCCCCUACGGGAUUGGACCCGGACCCCUUGUCGACGGGCAGCCCUGUGCUCAGCCCGGACUCCUCUUCCCAUGAUGCAGCGCUGUCGGCACCGGCGGCCUCCCCGGCAGACUCGGAGAACCUGAGCCCCGAUGAGCUGGAGCUGCUGGCCAAACUGGAGGAGCAGAACAGGUUGCUGGAGGCUGACUCCAAGUCCAUGCGCUCGAUGAGCGGUUCUCGGCGUAACAGCGGCUCCUCCCUGGUGUCCAGCUCCUCCGCCUCGUCGAACCUGUCACACCUGGAGGAGGACACCUGGAUCCUGUGGGGCCGUAUCGUCAACGAGUGGGAGGAGUGGAGACGCAAGAAGGACAAACUUCUGAAGGAGUUGAUCAGGAAGGGGAUCCCUCAUCAUUUCCGCGCCAUCGUCUGGCAGCUGCUGGGUAACGCCACCGACAUGCCGGUGAAGAACCAGUACUCUGAGCUGCUGAAGAUGUCGUCGCCCUGCGAGAAGCUCAUCCGCAGGGACAUCGCCCGCACCUACCCCGAGCACGAGUUCUUCAAAGGCCAGGACAGCCUGGGACAGGAGGUCCUCUUCAACGUCAUGAAGGCGUACUCUCUGGUGGAUCGAGAGGUGGGCUACUGCCAAGGCAGUGCGUUCAUCGUGGGGCUGCUGCUCAUGCAGAUGCCUGAGGAGGAGGCGUUUUGUGUUUUUGUGCGUCUGAUGCAGGAGUACCGUCUGAGGGAGCUGUUCAAACCCAGCAUGGCCGAGCUGGGCCUCUGCAUCUACCAGUUUGAGUAUCUGCUGCAGGAACAACUUCCAGAGCUGAACGUCCAUUUUCGAUCCCAGAGUUUCCACACGUCCAUGUACGCCUCGUCCUGGUUCCUCACCCUCUUCCUCACCUUCCUCCCCCUGCCUGUCGCCACACGCAUCUUUGAUAUCUUCAUGUACGAGGGUUUAGAGAUUAUCUUCCGUGUGGGCCUGGCCAUCCUGCAGUACAACCAGACUGACCUCAUUCAGCUGGACAUGGAGGGCAUGUCACAGCAUUUCCAGAAGGUGAUCCCCCACCAGUUCGACAGCUGCCCGGACAAACUGAUCCUCAGGGCGUACCAGGUGAAAUACAACCCCAAGAGGAUGAAGAAACUGGAGAAAGAAUACACCACGAUCAAGAACAAAGAAAUGGAGGAACAGAUAGAGAUCAAGAGGUUACGCACAGAAAACCGGCUGCUGAAGCAAAGGAUCGAGACUCUGGAGAAGGAGAGUGCAGCUCUGGCAGACAGACUGAUACAGGGUCAGGUGACGCGGGCACAGGAAGCCGAGGAGAACUAUGUGAUCAAGCGCGAGCUGGCGGUGGUGAGGCAGCAGUGCAACACCGCCAGCGAGAGUCUGGAGAAGGCCCAGGACACAAUCAGAGAGCUGCAGCAACAGAAGUACACAGAACAGUUUGUGACCAACCUGCAGACCGAGCUGGAGCAGUCCAGACUGCGCGAGGCCGAACUGCAGGGAGCUCUGAAGGAGAUGCAGGACAAGGUGCUGGACCUGGAGAAGAGGAGCAGCUGCCUGCCUGACGAGAACAACAUGGCGGCUCUGCAGGAGGAGGUGAAGCAGAUGAAGCUGAGGGAGCUGGAGACGCUGCGUUCAUUCCGAGAGAUGCAAGACACUGUGACCGAGCUCAAUCAGCGCUGGCAGCAUCACAUGUCCCGUGGCAGCAGCACAGGCGGAGGCGGCGGCCACUGGAAGGAAUCCCCGAAGAAGAACGCCAUGAACGAGCUGCAGGACAAACUGAUGACGGUCCGACUGAGGGAGGCGCAGGCGCAGGCUGAGCUCCGCGAGGUCAAACUCAAAGCCCUGCAGCUGGAGAGCCAGAACCAGAUCCACAGCAAGCUGAUCGGACGCAACGAUCAGGAACGCUCGGCCCUGCAGGACCGACUGCAGAUGCUGGCCAAUCAGAACAAAGCUCUCCAAGCCCAACUCAGCGAGAUGAAAAGGAAGCAGGCCGAGUCCGACUGCAAGAGUAAAGAGGAUGUGAUGGCAGUGCGGCUGAGGGAAGCAGACAGUAUGGCGGCCAUGGCUGAACUCAGGCAGAGGAUCGCUGAGCUGGAGAUUCAGAAAGAGGAGGGUCUGAUCCAGGGUCAGCUGAACCACUCAGACUCCAGACAGUACAUCAACCAACUCCGGGACCAGAUCAUCGAGCUCAAGAACGAGAUCCGGCUGAUGCGAGGGCAGAAGGCGACCCCCAGCUCCAGGGUCGGCGGUGUAGGAGGAAGCACCAACUACCAGGAUCUCUGCCUGGCCAGCCCCGCCUCCGCGGAGGGCGACUACCUGAGCUCGGACGAGGACCUGCUCCACAGCCCGCUGCCCGCCAACGCCCUUUACCCCUCCCUGUCCGGCCCCUGUCACCCGUCUCCCCGCCUGGACAGCGAGGGGAGCACGGACAGCGAGGCGGAGGAGCAGGUGAGGAUACACCCGGACCCUCAGCAGCUGUACGGCAGCAUGGUGUGUGCGGAGGGGCUGGAGAACUGAGGCCGGGGAGGAGGCGUGAAGGUUUCAUUGGAUUUCUUUGAGAAAAUAGAGACGCUGGAGCUCUGCAGGGACCUUAGACUGGGACUGUACCAUCCAAACCAGUCCUCCUCCUCCUAGGCUUUUCCAGUGUUUACCUGUAACUUGAGGCAGACCUGGUUGGACCUCUUCUGAUCAUCACACCCCGUCCUCUCCACUCAUGUCACUGUCUCCCCCACACUGUGUCCCCUGACGAAGAGGUAAUGUAAUACCUCUCUCCUCGUUCCCAAAAAAACAUAUCCAUCCAAACACAAAACAUGACAAACAGAAACAGGACUGGACCUGCCCCCCCAAAAACAUCCAACCGGACCUGAAUCUGUGACCAUGACGAGGAGAUGAACACGAGUAGACAGACGAUAAAAAAACUCUCCCCCUCUCCUUACAAACUGAAUAACAGACACCUGACUCACUGUACAGUCCGUCUUCCUGUAUCAAACUCUCCUCCCUGAUUGGUUCAGGGGUUAAAAACAAACAUCUGUAUUCCCCUCUUUUCCCCCUUUUAAACUUCUCAUUGGAAAGACUCAAACUUCCAUCAGCCAUCGAUUUACCUCUCAGUAGACCGAGUGUUUAAAAUACAAUUUAAAAAAAGGUGAAAAUGUACCCAUUCCAACUGUAGGGAGAUGACAAGAUGGCCGCCAUACAUGAAACAUGAAACACUUGAACAUAUCUGUACGUGUGUGUGUGUGUGUGUGUGUGUGUGUGUGUGUGUGUGUGUGUGUGUGUGUGUGUGUGUGUGUGUGUGACGUCGGAACAUAUUCACCAGAACACGCAGAAAAAGAAAGAAAGAAACCUAAGUGUUGCCAAACGUAUUGUUUUUGUUUUUAUUUAUUUAUAUGUUGUAAUUUAUUUUGAUAUUUUUUUAUUUUUUUAUAUAUCUAUAUGAAACUGUAGGAAGCGUAGAGGUACCGACAGAGGCCAAACUUUACCCAGCGUCCUUUGUGCCAACGAGUCGCCUGUGAGCGUUUCAGAGAGGGAAAAUGUGCUGCUAUGGUUUUUCAAACGACUCCUUCCAUUCCUUCCUUUCUGUUUCCUUUUUUUUCUUUCUCUUUUCUAUCUUUGUGAGGUGAGCGUGCAACUUCCUGUUAACUCUGCCAUCGAUUCCUCAGAAGACGGUGGCGUUGCAGACCGAUCACAUCCGACAAACUGAGCGCUUUCACUUGAUCUGAUAGCGGAGAGUCUGAAUAUUCUGCAAUAAUGGGAAUCAUUUGUUUCUUCAUCAUUAAUGUGAAUGUUGUGGUUAAAGGAAUAGUUUGAGAACUACAUUUAUUCCCUUUCCUGCCGAGGGCCAAAUCAAAAGAUCAACACAUCUGCUAACAGAGGAAACCCAUUUUGAAUGGCUGCUGACAUGUCUAAUUAAUUUAUGUUUAAGUAAACUUUCUUCUCUCGAUGUUGAGAGGGGGCGGUGCCCAUUGCGCCCAUUGUAACAAAGCUCUAGUGUCCCGUACCCGUCCUUCAUAAUGACUCACAGCAUCUCCACACAUUUGAACAAAGUGCCGUGCUGAGCCUCUGGAAGCUCCAGAUUUAAAUCUGAAUUCUAAUAAUAAAAGUAAUGUAAAGUCAUAUGUACAGACUUUAUUUACAGAUGAUACAGCAGGGGGAUUAUUGUCCUGAUAACUAGAAAGUUUGCAUCUGACAUCCCUUCAAAAUACUGCGGCGCAGUUACUGCCGACUCGCACCAGAUGCUAACUUUUACACGCUUACAGCGCGGCUGUUAGCAUCAUCAUUUGUGAGACGUUUUCAUAAAAAUUGGCACAUUUUGCCCCAAAUGAAUGCAUAAUGGCUGAUUUACAUUUUUUGUUAAAACCGCACUGGCGCACAGUGACGCUGUUUGCUCUGCAGCGCAGUUAAGGGUGCAGUUAACCCUUUGAGUGCACUCAGAGAAUAAGGCUGUCUUUUUGACUCCUUUGCAAAAGUAUAGAGUGUGAACCCUGAGUGCAGUACACAGUUUAACACAGACAGGAUAUCUGUGAGUAAGUGAGAUUUCAGGUCAAUCCUUUCAGCCUUUGGAUAAAGCUACGCUAACGGUUUCCCCCUGCAUCCAGUCUUUAUGCUAAACUAAGCUAAGCCAAACACCUCCUGGCUGUAAAGAUUCAUAAUUAACACAGAAAUGAGAGCGCUGUUAUCAGUCAUCUAAUCAAAGCAAAUAUAUGCGUGCACUUCUCAAAAUGUCAAACUAUUCCUUUCAUCAUCAGUGCGUCAUAUCUACAAAAAGAAGUCCAGGUAAUCAAGUUGAUCUGGAUGCAUCAUAUCCUGUGCUCAUAGUUACAACAUUUUGUGGACGGAGAUGUUCAUAUUGUAAGGACAAAACGGCUGCCAUCGUGACUAGAGGAAAAAUAUUUUACAUAUCAAACAUUAAUAUAUCGUGUGUACAAAAAAAAGGGUUUUAAAAUAAAUGGAGAAAUAUGAACUUUACAGUGUAAGAGGAGCUGUGGGAAAGAUGUGACGCUGUAUCUGUAAGUUUCUGCAGACGGUGAGAGUGGGUUUAGGUGAUCAAACAGGGUGAUGUACUUUUUGCACAACACAGAAAGAGGGACCUCUGCACAUAACAAUGAGCAGUGAGGGAUGCUUUUGAAUGGGUUCAUGGUGAGAUCAGCGCCUACUGAAACCAGCCCAGCAGGGAGUCCUCGUUGAUCUCGAACAUUCAUCAUCCAGACUCUGUUUUUUUGUUCAUUAUUCAUCAUACUAAUGCUGUUUCACAAUGCUGCCCAUUAUUUGUGUGCAGUGCAACUUCAAUGGUACUGGGGAUAAUUAUCGCCACCUUCUAAGAAAUAAGGAAACUGGGUCAUCCAGUAGAGGCCAUGAGAGUGCUAAAGAGGAUGUAGGUGUGCCCACACUGAUGUUGCAAAUAACAGCUUUUUAGUGGUCGUUCAUGGGUGUAACAAACGAAAUCUCUACACAGGAAUCAGUGCUGGCAGCUGUGUCAGAACAAAUAUGUGUUGUACGACUGGUGUCACUUGAGUUCCUUCUAGUUCUGUGUGUACAGAGUGCAAACUGGCAGCAGCACUGACCGUGAGGAAAACGUCUUUUAAUGUGUUUACUUUGGGUCAAAACUAGGGCCCGACUGAUGCAGGGUUUCUGGGGCCGAUACUGAUAUCGAUAUAUCGGCCGAUAUCUUUUCUUAGAUCUAUCUUCGAUCUGUAGGGAUGGAUGGAUCUCUACAUAGAUAGAGUGUAGUGUGAUACAAUGAAACUCAAAUGAAAUGCUGUUUGACUGGUUCAUAAAAAUUGUUAUAUCGGUGCAUAUCCGCGAUAAAAGUAGCCGAUACCGAUAGUCACUUGAUGCGCAAAUAUCGGCUGGCCGAAUAUUCAGUCGGGCUCUGGUCAAAACUGACUGAAUUCUUCUCUAUCAGUGAUAAUCUAUAUGGUUUUCACUCUGUCACAUGUUUACGUUUUGGUGCAUGUUCUGGACAAGCCUGGCAUCCCACCUUCUUUUCCCAUUUUGGGACUCUAAAGUGGGGUCAUCGACAGCCACAGAACAAAAAUGCCUCUGCAUACUGAGGCAGCAAAACGUGUGGCGCAGCAGCAACCUGCAAGAGUGGUUUCGGCUAAUUCCCUUAUCUUAUUCACUCGGCUUUGAUUAAAACAUAACAGAGGUUUGGCAGGAAAUCAUUUGGUAGCUAACUUCAUACCAAAUGGAAAAAAGAAAACAUUGAAAACAUUCCACUUAAGCUGCUGCGGUCAUGUUUGACCUUUAAAACUGCACCCCGGUUAGGUUAAUGAUUGUGAUUGGCUCGACCAGAAUCCAGACGUUUGUUGAAAGAGCAAAUAAAACAUGAGCUUGCAGACGCAUCCGAGGUUACUCUCAUAAAUCAGAUGUGUCCAAUUCAGAGACUGCAUCCUGUCAAGGGUAGGACAGAUCACAUCUGCACAACCAAGGCUGUCCCAUUUUGAAGGCUCCUUCAGAUUCAGAUUCAGAUUCUUUAUUGUCCCACAAGGGGAAAUUUGCGUUGCAACAGGAGCACACAGAAGACAAGAAAACACAAGGACAACAUCACCAUAAAACAGAAACCAAAACAAAUUGGAAAAUCAGACAACACAGCAAAAUAUAAAACCAAAUAAAAUCAGCGCAAUAAAAUCAGUCAAGAGCUCGUACCAGAAUGGAAAUUCAAGUUAUUGAAGUGCAAAGUGGAGGUGUGCAAUUCAAGUGCAAAAAGAGCAACAAAUAGCUAAUUGUUGUUUAAAAUAUUAAUUGCACUUGGUAAAAAUGAGACCUGGAGUCUUUUGUGGUUGGCUAAUGCGCCCUACUUUUCCCCAGGCCACAAAGGAUCUUCUACACAUCAGCCAUGUCCCAAUUCAGAGCUUAGGGCGCAUUUUCAGAGUUUGAAUUUUCUUGACCCGGAUCGGUGCCUCGUGUUCAUCAUGACACAAGCGUACUCUGCUGCUCAGUAACGGUGCUCUCACCACUGUCUGCUGUGAUGAAACAUUUUGAUAUGUUAUGAUUCUCAGCGCUCAUCCUUAUUAUUAUGUUGAUAGUCACCGUCAGUAUUUCUCCUGCUCACAGCAGCAGUCGAGAAGAUAAAGAAACAUCAUAACGUGCCAUAAAAAGUCGGUAGAUUUACACACUAUGCUAAAACGACCUCGUGUGUCACAGGUCGGCAGCCCGCCCUUCAUUUAAACGCGGCCGUGUCAUAUGGAGUGAACUCUAAUGUGGACUUAAAUACCAUCUCACUGUGUUGCUCCAGAUUCAUCCUCCUGGAGCUGAAACAUCCACACAUGUUCCCCGACUCAAAGCGAAAGGGAAAUGAAACAACGCAGUGCUAAAAAAGAAAAGAAAAAAAGAAGAAGGUUGAUUCUUUCCUCACAGUCAUUGAAUAGAAGCCAAACGUGUUCACCUUCGUUUGUCUGGUGUUGGAUUUCUCCGAUGUAUGUGCUGUUUGUGACGGCUGUUCAUACCCAGAAACCUUGUCCACCUUCUCUCUGAAUCUCUCUCUCUCUCUCUCUCUCUCUCUCUCUCUCUCUUUCUGUCUUGCAAUUCAACUGAUGUUGUUAUUGAAUAUAUUAAAUGACGGUACAGAUUAUAUUAAAAUUACAAGUACGAUGGGGGAGAAAUACGUUUCAGUGUUCUGUAUCCUGAGAAUGAUACAAAAUAAACUUUGACAUUGCACCUUUGCAAAGG